AUGGAUCCAGCUGUGCAAGGGUUUGCAGACGCGCGCAUCGUCAACCUCUCGAGCCGACUUGACUUCAACUCCAACAUCGCGCACCCCCUUCGACUCGACGAGAUGGAGAAAUUAUCAGACACAACGCCUGAUGGCACUUCGCCUCGAACUUUUGCCCUGAACCAUUUAAGGCCACGAUCAAGUUUCAAGGGCUGCUCGCGCAUUUCUGACUAUGAGCUGUUGGGCAAGCUGGGAGAGGGAACCUUUGGUGAGGUUCACCGUGCUCGGCUGCGCAGAACUGGCGCCCUCGUCGCUUUGAAGAAGAUUAUCAUGCAUCAUGAGAAGGAUGGCUUCCCCAUUACCGCUCUUCGCGAGAUCAAGCUUCUUAAGCUUUUGUCACACAAGAACAUUCUGCGACUAGAGGAUAUGGCUAUCGAACACCCUACCAGAGCGACCGAUAAGCGCAAAAAGCCUAUUGUAUACAUGGCUACUCCCUACAUGGAUCACGAUCUGUCCGGUCUUCUCGACAACCCAUCAGUCCAGUUCAAAGAACCUCAGAUCAAAUGCUACAUGUUGCAGCUACUAGAGGGCCUUAGAUACCUGCAUGACAGUCGGAUCCUUCACCGCGAUAUGAAAGCGGCGAAUCUGCUGAUCAACAACAAAGGUAUCCUCCAGAUUGCCGAUUUCGGUCUUGCCCGGCAUUACGACGGGCAGACACCACAACCCGGAGUCGCCAUGGGCGAAGGAAAGCGGGACUACACCGGCCUGGUCGUAACCAGAUGGUACCGGCCGCCCGAGCUUUUGCUGCAAUUGCGGCAGUACACCCCCGCUAUAGACGUUUGGGGCGUAGGCUGCGUUUUUGGCGAAAUGCUACAUGGAAAGCCCAUCUUGGCAGGCGAGAGUGAUGCUGCGCAACUGGAUAUCAUCUGGGACCUGAUGGGCUCUCCCAACGAAGAAAACAUGCCCAGAUGGAAAACACUCCCUGGUGGUGAGCACUUGAAUCCUCGACCACGAUCAGGCAACCUCGAGAACCGUUUCAGACAAUACGGCUCAGGGGCAGUCUCAUUACUCAAAGAGCUUCUCAGACUUGACUGGCGGACACGAAUCAACGCAGUGGAUGCAUUGCAACACCCUUGGUUCAAGAUGCAGCCUCUGCCUCUUGAACCUCACGAGAUCCCCAUCUACGAAGAGAGUCACGAGUUGGACCGUAGAAAGUUCCAUGAUCGCAAGGUCGCUCUGCCUCCAGCUCCCAAGGGUGGAACUGUCGGCGUUGGUCCUGAUGCAAACGGCGCUACAGCAGGUUUUAAUAGCAACGAGCCUUACGGCAAUGGCCGCAACGGCGUGAAUGGAGGAAGAUACCGCAACGGACCUGAUGACCGCCGUCCUGCUUGGCAACGAGAGCGAGGCGGCGCUGGACUGCCCCCACGACCACCUCCCAACAACGACGAUGCGGACUUCCGAGAACGAGGACCCCCCAGGGGCAGAGGGCCACCAGGGCCAAGAGGACCGGAUGUCGACACGUACAUUCCCGCCUAUAAUCGGGAUGAUCCAGGUCGACGGAGGGACGACCGCCCACCACCACGAGAUGACCGCCAACCUCCCAGGGACGACCGCCGGCGCCGCAAUAGUAGAGAGGACCGCCGCUACGACAGGGACCGUGGCACCAUGAGCCGCAGCAGAUCACCCAGACAUGAUCGAUCAAGAGACCGCGACAGACCUGAUCACAACGGAUAUCGAAGAUAG